UUCCCGCGCCGGAAGUCGCUGCUGAAGGCAUCACGCUGGUUGGCGACAUCCGGUUUGUGGUUCCGGAUUUAUGGAAGAACGCACAAUGAAGGAGGAAGAGCUAGAGAGGAAAGCGGUAGAAGAGCUGCUGAAAGAAGCCAAAAGGGGAAAAGAUCGUGCCGAGACUAUGGGGGCAAUGGGCUGGAUGAAGUGUCCUCUUGCCAGCACCAACAAGCGAUUUCUGAUCAAUACCAUUAAAACCACUCUGCCGCCUGAUCGGGAGAAGGACAGCAGAUCAGAGGAUGAAAAGGAUACCAGGAGCCACAGCGGGGAUAGGAGGCAUUCAGAAAAGUACAGUUCUCAUCCCUAUAAAAGGAGCGAGGACUCGCGAAAGGACAAGAGGAGGUCUCCACCUUCAAGCAACAGCACAAGACAUAGACAGUCCAAAAGCGACAGCGAGAGACGAUAGCUGGGUGGUGGGGGGGUGAAGCAAUAGGGCUCAUACUGUUAUCCGUUUGCAAUAUGCAGGGUAUUUAAUAGUCAGUCUCAUCUGACUCUUAAAGGGGUAUUUCCACCUUAGACAUGUAUUCUACUUCUGGGGCAAAUUGUAGUGAAUGAAGAGAGUGAGGUACAUGGGCGGACACUUUUUGUGCAUUCUCUGUUUGGAUGAGGUGGCCAGCCCUCAGCACACCUUGAGUAACGGGGUCGGAGAACCCCGGCUCUGGAGAUAGGUACAGGUUCCAGAUGUGCGACCUGCAUCUGUGAGAUAUUUAUGGCAUUUCCUGUGGAUAUGCAAUAAUUGUCUAAGGCUACUUUCACACUUGCGGCAGGACGGAUCCGGCAGGCUGUUCACCCUGUCGGAUCCGGCAUUUCGCUGUGCCGCCGGACCGCCGCUCCGUCCCCAUUGACCAUAAUGGGCGCAG